UAUACAGGUGGAAGUUGUGCUAUAUACUAUAUACUAUAUAACUACUAUAUAUGUAUACAUUGCCUGCAUAUAGCGGCCUAUUUCAAAUGUUUACAAUUGUUUACGAAUAAUUCAAUGAAUUAUUUCGACGUCGUUAGCAUUGGGUAAAUUUCGAUUCUUAUAGGUUUUUGGUCGCUGAUUUCGAAUCUGAGGUCAGUUUUUCGAUUGCGACAUCAUGGGAAGGGGCACAUGCUUAAUUAUGUUAAAAUAACACAAAAUCUACAAAUACAAGGCUACAAAUAUACAAAGCUACAAAUAUAAGGCUGGGUUUUGUAUUUGUAGUAUGAAAAAAUUAGAAGUUGACAAAAUUCAUGUAAAUUCUUGUCAAUCAGAGAGUGAAAGAACUUCCCAUCAUUACUGCCACCUUGUGAUAAUUUUUGUAAUAAUCUACAUGCCAACUGCAACUUCGUCUCUUCGCAGUCUUCGAUGCUUACUUCGACGAUGAAGAAACUCAAUUCAAUUCAAUUUUCGAAAACCCUGGUACCUUUUGGAACCAGUUUUUAACCAUGGAUACAAGAAUCAGUGCAGUUGUAAAUGUGAAAUCGGCUAUUUCGGCGUUCCGGCAGAAAUUUUUGUGCUUUAAUUACCGUUAGCGACGGCCCAAAUAAUAAAUAAUUAGCACUUCAAAAAUGGAGGUUUUUGAGGCUAUCGAAGCAACUGUCGUAACCUUGUAUUAUGAUAAAUUGUCAAGCAAUCUUGAUUUUGUACUUGUUUGAUUGGAAUUUGUCCGUGGCAUGCAAAACCAGAGUCUCUGCCACCACUUUAAAUUAAUGCCCAGCAGAUAAAUUAUCUCCCCACAAGUGUACAAACUCCACCCAAAUGUCAAGGCUACCUAUUCCUCAGUCUUAUUACAGAUGAACAUGUAUGAGCUAUGUUCAAGCGUGAAGAUUAAAAUAAUGCGACAGUCUCCACCCAGAUUAUGGACCGAGAUUUCAAAAGUAAAACUCCCCCUGGUCCACAACUUAAAGGUAGCGAAUCAACAAUAGUGAAAGAAAAUCCAGUCUUUCAUCCCCUGCUGCUGAGAAGGAGGAAGAAAAAGAAGAAAGCUUCCGGUGGCCUUGGUCGAGUCGGUGGCGUCUUCACGACAAGACCCCAGCGACCCCGGAGACGACACUUGGUCGAAUUGGAGAACAGCGUGGUGCAGAAGCGCGGACCGUUCCAGCUUCCCACCAGCCUCGCGGCCCCGUCCGACCUGGGCCAUUCGGUGAAGCGGUUCCUCGCGGGGAGAUGGGUCCCCUCGAAGAUGGACUUUCUUCUACCUUUUACUGACCCCGAAAUUCCCGGAGUUCCCCGCGGUCUCGAACUUCUCUCGCUGGUUGACCACUUCUACGUCCAGCAAGUCCAGAGGAGGGACUUUCCUGAAGCGAUAUCCAGACAGCUCAGCUCGAUGGUAGGAAAUCGGUACCACGUGCUUUGUGGAGACACGAAAAACCGAAUUUUUUACGGCGUGGUGAAGUACCCCGUUUGCAUGGGAUGCCUCGCCGGCUACAAACCGUUUCGUCUCUUCGUCAUGAAUUAUAAUCUCGAUAUCGUCCUCCACUUUGAAAAGUCAAUUUCAUGCAGAUUAUUCUGGUGUUUCGGAGGCUACGGGACGAAAAUCCGAGUAACCGGACCCUCCGGAGAACUUUAUGGGACAAUAAUGCAGCGUUUCUCCCUCCUCCGACCGAACUUUGACCUCUUGGAUGAAAACGAUUCUCGCGUUCUGAGUAUCCAAGGACCGCCCAUAAUUCCCCUGCCACUCAGCUACCUCCAGUUCCUCACAAAAUUCAAGCUCUACCAGCAUGACCCUCACGAAGAAGAAGGUGAAGGAGAUCAGGUCGGGAUCUUCUUAGAAGCCGCGUAUGGCGUUGGAAAUCGCAACAUGAAGAAUUCUCUCAGAGUCGGAUUUCCAAGAGAUUUGCCCAUUCGGCAUAAAGCGCUCGUGCUGGCGGCUCUCUUCCAAAUUUUUUUUGCGUAUUACGAGCUUGGCGACGAAUAUCCGGGCGGUACAUGGAUCACACAGCGACUGCGACCCCUCCUCCGGAUAAACCCGUUUGCUGCGACAAAACUAAUUCGACCUUAUGGCUACGUGGUGGGAAAAUGCAACCCGUACCUCACGUUCCUGCUUCUUUGUGGCGUCAUCUUUUUGACCUUGUACUAUUUCGUGAUUAAACACCAUUGGGACUUUGGUUACAUGUCGCUAGACUAACACACAGCUUGAUGUUUAAAUACUUUUAUAAUUUUGUGCUUUACUAUUUUCAUUUUUAAAUACAACUAUGUGUAAAUAUAUGUAAUAUUCCAAUUCUAUUUAUGGCUCAUAAUUUGUGGAAAUCGAACUAAAAAUUAAGAACACGUGACCGGAAUUCAAA